AUGAGGCCGGUGUCCCUGGUGAUGUUCCUCACCUUCACUCUGCUGGCUUUCAACGCUGGCCACAUCCUACCAGGAGUAGCAGACUGGGAAAGCAGGGAGCAGAAAGUGUGGGCCAGAGCAGGGAGUUCAGCCGUGCUGCCUUGCCACCUGAGUCCCAGAAAGAGCUGGAAGCAGCUGUCUGACAAGACAUCCGUGCUGUGGAAGCGACAUGGGGGAAGCGCCCACCAGGAGCCACACAUGGUGCUGGAGGUGGGGUACUCCGGCCUCCGGAAGACGGCGCUGCCCAUGAGGCCCCGGGUGUCAGUCCAAGACUCUGCCUUACGCAAUGGCAAUUUCUCCCUGCGAAUCGACCCGGUCCGGAGCGAGGACGCCGGGCUGUAUGAGGCACAGGUGGCAUACAACACAGGGGUCCAGAGCUGCCAGGUGGACCUGGGGGUAAUUACAGUAACCCUCAGUCCACCCAGCCCUGUGGUAGAAAACGAGCCACUCCUGUUGAGCUGCAACUCUAGCCACCAGGCCAGCCUUGUGGAGACACGCUGGUUCCACAACGGGCACCUGGUCCCCACCUCUGGGACCUUCUGCUCCUUGCAUGGGGCUCUCUCCAUCCUCCGGCCAGCCAUGAGUGAUGCGGGUUCCUGGCGCUGCCAGCUCAGAUACUCUGAUAAUGAGAUCAUUUCUGCCACGUACAACCUGAAAAUUCUAGGUUUUGAUGGCCCAACGAACCCUGUGGUCUAUGCUGCAGCUGGCUCUGCAGCUGAUCUACCGUGCACCCUGAGCUACCUUCCCAGUGCAUUUGGGAUUAACAUGGUGACAGUCCACUGGAGCCGCCUUGCAGGAGGACACUUGCAAGACUGGGGCAUCUCCCAGAAUUUGAGCAGCAGAAGCUUCCCCCUUCGUCUGCCUGCAGUGGGGCCAGGUGAUGCAGGGCAGUACCACUGUGCUGUCUCUGUUGGCAGCAAGACAAUCAGCAGGGACGUGACCUUGGCAGUGCUUACAGUCACCCCAAGCAUCCAAGGACCGGUUUCUGAGGGGUCUCGCUUGCUGCUCAUCUGCAGCCUCACACACCCCCGGGGACAUGAACGUUUCCAGUGGAAGCACCUUGACUCAGCCCCCACUAACAGCAAGCUGGCUGUCACCACCUCCCGUAACCUGGAGGGCCACAGGUCCCAGACGGGCCCUACCUUGGAAAUACCCCGAGUGUCACAAAAGGAUACGGGCACAUGGGAGUGCAGUGUAUAUGGCCCAGAAGGCAGACUGGGAGCAGUGGAGUACGGGCUGCAGAUCACAGGUGCCCAGGUCUCCAGCCCUCCCACCAUCUUCAGUGGGCAGGUUACUUUUGGGCUUACGCUCACCCUCUUCCUCCUCCUUGCGGCCUGUGUUCUGGCUCUGGCCCUACAAAAAAGGGCACGGUUUCCUGCCUUCCCAGCGCUGGAAGGGAUGGUUGCAGUCACUGUGCCGAGGAAGAAGGAGGUGGAGGAGAACCAGAAAGAGAAGAUCCAGCAAACUGAGUGCUGA